AUUAUUCCUCACCCUACUGCUCCAGAUUCUCUCUCUCUCUCUCUCUCCCCCUCCCUCUCCCUCCUCCAUUUUGAUGCAUAUUUUCUCUCUCUUCCCUAAACCUUAAGGAAACGAAACACAGAAACCAAAGUUCGCAGUAAGCAACAAAAGCAGACUCUCAGAUGCCAUCUUGAUUCUCUUCACUACCAACAAAAAUACAGCCUUAACAUUCUCUCUCUUCCAUAUUCAUGAAGCUGUGAGAAAUCAGAUUCAAGUCGCUAUCAUGUUCGUUUUCCCCUAACGAAAAUUGGGUUACUGAAACAGACAAAAAUCUUGGGUUUAUGCUGAAGUGUGCAGAUUCUCUUAUGGAGGAGGAGGGAUAAAGAUUUUUCUGCAAUCUUCCGUAAGAAAUAAAAGAAAAUGGCUCCAGCUAACAAGGCUGAAAAGAAGGCAUCAAUUGAUGCGGCUGCAUGGAUGUUCAAUGUAGUAACAUCUGUUGGGAUCAUUAUCGUCAAUAAAGCCUUAAUGGCCACAUAUGGCUUUAGUUUUGCUACAACAUUAACUGGUUUGCAUUUUGUUACCACAACCUUGAUGACGAUUGUUCUUAGGUGGCUGGGGUACAUCCAACCCUCUCAGUUACCCCUUCCAGAUCUUCUGAAAUUUGUUCUAUUUGCAAACUUCUCUAUUGUUGGUAUGAAUGUUAGUCUAAUGUGGAAUUCCGUGGGAUUCUAUCAGAUUGCAAAGCUGAGUAUGAUCCCUGUAUCAUGCUUAUUGGAAGUUGUUUUGGAUAAGAUUCGAUACUCUAGAGACACAAAGCUCAGUAUUUCAGUUGUUCUCCUGGGUGUUGCUGUCUGCACUGUUACUGAUGUGAGUGUUAAUGCUAAAGGUUUCAUUGCUGCCUUAAUUGCAGUUUGGAGUACUGCUCUACAACAAUAUUAUGUACAUUAUCUUCAACGGAAGUACUCGCUUGGUUCUUUCAAUCUGUUGGGACAUACUGCACCAGCUCAGGCUGCAUCUCUGCUGAUACUAGGCCCCUUUGUGGAUUAUUGGUUAACAAACAAGAGAGUCGAUGCCUAUGACUACAGUACAAUAUCUUUAGCGUUUAUAAUCCUUUCAUGCACCAUCGCAGUAGGGACCAACCUCAGUCAGUUCAUCUGCAUCGGCAGAUUCACAGCCGUGACGUUCCAAGUACUCGGCCACAUGAAGACAAUCCUUGUUUUGAUCCUUGGAUUUUUGUUCUUUGGGAAAGAGGGUCUAAAUCUACAAGUGGUCAUAGGCAUGUUCAUAGCUGUACUCGGAAUGGUUUGGUAUGGCAACGCGUCAUCUAAACCUGGUGGUAAGGAGCGUCGGAGCUAUUCAAUGUCUAGCAGCAAACAGAAACAUGCGGAAUCUGCAGAACUUGACGACAAGGUCUAAUCCUUUUCUGAGCUCUAGUGAAAGCAUACAAAGGUAGUAGCUUAUACCAGGAAUUUUUUUAAAAAUCAUCGGACGAUAGUUACACCUUCCUCUCCACACACCCAAUUAUUGUCAGAUUCCUCUUAAUUUUGUAAUUCUUAUAUUUCUUUUCUUGAUAUUGAAAUCCCUUCGGAAUAGGGUUUAGAUUCCCUGAGAAUUAUCAUGUUUGGUUCCUUGAUUAUAAUUUAUAUAGUGAUAAAUUUUCUGCCC